AUGCCCCGCACAUAUGGCAGAGCGAAACAGACCCGGCUUUCCUUUAAUCCCAUAGCCUUGCCGCCCGAGGAGGAUGACGACAUGGCUCGUCAGGCGACAUUGAAAUACGGACACCCGUCUCGGCCAACGUUUCAGUUCCCCGGCUCGAAAGCGAGCAAGACGUCUGGACGGAAGACUUCUCCUGAUCCGUUUGUGACGAACAAAUCUACAGACGAUGAGGCUGCCGCGGAACCGAAAGGAUCUCGAAAGUCCUCGCGCAAGAAGGACAAGAAGAAAGCCGAGAAGCAGGAUGGUGAGAAGAAAUUGAAGGAUAAGAAAGAGAAAGACAAUAAGAAGGCGAAGGACGAUAAGAAAAAGGAGAAGAAGAAAAAGAAGGCGAAAAAAGAGAAGACUGAAGACAUCCCAGACAUCCCAGACAUCCCUUCUCCACCCCGGAGUCCAACCCCCAAAGCUACAGUCUCAGCCGAACAGAGUAGCGACAGCGAAUUGGAGAUACUAUCAAGCGUGCGCAAAAACCGAGCCGUCAAGCGAAAAAGGUCGCCUUCCCCGGAAGACUCGAACCCCCAGUCCCCGAAUCCACCAGAUAUGACACAAGACAAUGAUGAGGACGAGGUGAUAGCCCGGCCUCGUCGAAAGUUAAGAAGAGGUCCAGCUCAGCCUACAACCAUUGUUCUUGACGAUAGCUCGGACGAGUCGGAUGAGCCUGUGGCUUCGUCCCCGAUCAAACGACGUCAGCGUAACCUGAGCGCAGAAGAACCCCAAACCCCACGUCGCAACAUGGAUCAAGAUCAGCUUGACCUGGAGGAGGAUUUGGAGGAUCUUCAGGAUUCUGUUAUUAAAACAUCGCGCACCCGUGGACGAGCUGCGAACUCAGCAAGAGCGCAAAGGCAAAAACAUCUGGAAACAUUGCGUCGACGCAGAGCCGGUCAGGCAGAAACAGAUGAAGAGCAAUCGGCAUCGGCGUCAGAGGCGGAAUCAGAUGAAGAUGGCUCUAGUGAGUCAGAAGACGAGGAUGAGGAAGCCGUCAAACAACCUCGAAUCCCUUUCAAUAGGGAGGAUAGCGAUGUCGAGUCUUCCAUUGCAAGCAACGAAGAUCUGGAUCGGUACGACAAGGACUUCGUGCUCGAAGAUGACGAAGACGACAAGCUCGGUGCCCCAGCUGGUAUCGAAGAAAUGCCGAUUGAAUUCACCCGGCACUCUUACAAGCAAUUGAAAGACUACUUUCAAGAUGCGGUGCAAUGGAUGGUGUUCAAUCGAUUGUUUCCCGCAUUUACUCGUUCUAGUCCCAUCUACAAAGUCGCGUUCGACAAGUUGGAGGACGAAGUCAAGGGCCGCACCGGCUCCCAACUCAUCUCUUCUGUCUGGAACGCCGAUUUUUGCCGGGCCCUUAUGGCGCGUCCGCACUUAGAAGAGACCACCUUCCCUACCAGCGAGGGCCAUCCCUGCGACGCAUGCAAGCGAUCCGGCCACCCAGCGUCCUUUGAUCUCAAGUUCCACGGCAAGGCUUAUUCCCUCGAAACCCUAGAGCCGCUCUCUGAUUCCGACAGCGACGAGGAGCAGUCGGAUAACGAAGAUGAAGACGAAGAUGACGGCCAGGAAAAAGACAGGGACGGCCACGUACUGCCGGACCAAGACACUCGAUUCUACCUCGGACGAGCCACAAUGGCUCACACACUCACCCACUGGCGCUUCCACCUCAACGAAUGGGUCGUCGACCACCUCGACCGUACGGGCUACCUAACUGACGAAAAGACCCUCGAACGCAGUCACUGGAGUCAGCGACGCAAUGCCAAAUUCGCCGGCGAAGCAUUCAGCGACAUGGUCGAAGAGGGCGAGAUCAAGAAACUUUGGCGUGACUUCCAUAUCAAUUUACGCACGGCUAGAGAAUCGACGACUAUUGGAUGA